GAAUGUUUAUACAGCAAGGGUUUCACUUCACUUCGACUGCACACCACCAACUCUGCUCUAGGGUUUUCUCUUCAAUCAACAAAGAAGAAGAAGAAGAUCGAUAACAUCAACACCAGCAGCAGCAGCCAUGGCUACCAAAGUCCAGAGGAUUAUGACCCAACCUAUCAAUCUCAUCUUUAGGUUCCUCCAGAGCAAAGCUCGUAUUCAGAUAUGGUUGUUUGAGCAGAAAGAUUUGAGGAUUGAAGGUCGCAUAAUUGGGUUUGAUGAGUACAUGAAUUUGGUUCUUGAUGAGGCUGAGGAAGUCAGCAUAAAGAAAAAGACACGGAAGGCUCUAGGCCGGAUUCUGCUGAAAGGAGACAACAUUACCCUCAUGAUGAACGCGGGAAAGUAAAAAGAAGCAUUUGCAUGAAGAGGAUAUGUGCUGAAUAGAUGAUUUGCAGCAUCUUAUGUUAUUUUUGUUUUGACGAUUGUUAACUAGGCACUUCUGUGAGAAUUGAUCGUCUUAUGUCGAUGUUUUUAAGUUUGUAAGCACCCAACUUUUGGAUAUAUGUUACUAUUGAGCAAAUCUUGUUGGAAAGUUGCAAUUUGUAUGUGAACUAGCUAAA